CGACUGGAGCAGCAGGUUUGCGCAGCAACAGCCGGCCCUAGCACGUCAUCACGCAAGAGCAUUCCCAAAUUUGAUGGGCUCCCAAUCUUCUGUGACGCAUUGAAGAUGGACCCUAUACAGUGGUGGAGCUAGUUCAAACUCAAGCUGGACAUCCACAAGGUCGGCCACAACAAUCGACACACAUACUUGUACUCACGGUCAGGCGGUGCGUGUCAAGCAUGGCUGAACAACAUGUUGUCCGCACACGCGUGCACAGUCUCCAAGUUGCAUAACUUCAUCACCUGGACCAAUCUCACGGCUCCAUGGCAGAAACGUUUCCAAGUGGAAUCGUCCGAGCAUCAGGCGAUGGACAAGCUGAUGACAUUCCCUCAGAACAGCAUGCCAAGCGGAGACUGGAUAUCCGAGUUCCAACGCGUGGCGAGCACGACAAAGCUGCCGAUGACCUUCGACGACAUCAAGCUCUACUUCAUCAAGAGGUCGUGCCCGGCGUUGCGAAAUGCGUUGACUCAAGUCGCCGAGAACCUCAACACAAGUGAGGAACUUUUCAACAAGGCUGCACAGAUCAUCGUGACGAGCAUGGAAGCCAAGAAUAUUGGUCGUUCCGGCCAGGGCGCGUAUCAGCAUCGGCCGAAAGUGGUCUUCGCCGACAUCUUUGAGUCACCUACCGGCGUGGUGCCGGAUCAGCCAAUCUCUCACGAGAUCAUUCUCGAGGCCGGUGUCGUGCCGCCGAAAGGUUGCAUCUAUCGCAUGAGCGAGGAGGAACUUACAGUACUCCACGCGCAACUCGAUGACUUGUUGGACAAAGGUUGGAUCCGGCCUAGUAGCUCACCAUAUGGUGAGCCAAUUCUCUUCGUACGGAAGAAAAACAAGGACCUUCGCCUAUGCAUCAAUUACCGCAAGCUCAAUGCACAAACCGUCAGGAACGCGGGACCUCUUCCUCGUAUUGACGACCUUCUAGAGCGUUUGGGCUGCGCAAUUUUUUUUUCCAAAUUGGAUUUGAAGUCGAGAUAUCAUCAGAUUUCAAUACACCCGCAAGAUCGCUACAAGACCGCAUUCAAGAUGCGGUACGGACUUUUUGAGUUGGUGGUCAUGCCUUUUGGCCUCACCAAUACCCCGACGACUUUUCAAGCGGCGAUGACCAACGAGCUCCGUGCAAUGCUAGACCGGUUUGUGCUGGUCUACUUGGACGACAUCCUCGUCUAUAGCCGGACCUUGGAGGAACAUCUCGAGCAUCUUCGGCGAGUAUUGGAGCCGCUCCGUCGCACCAAGUACAAAGCCAACCGCGACAAGUGCGAAUUCGUGCGUCAAGAGUUGGAAUACUUCGGCCAUUUUGUCACACCGGAGGGCAUCAGCCCGUUGUCAGACAAGAUUCAAGCCAUCCAAGAUUGGUCAGAGCCGCGGAAUGUCACGGAUGUCCGUUCGUUCCUUGGCCUUGCCAGCUACUACCAACGUUUCAUCAAGGGAUACUCGAAAAUCGCGGCCCAUUCGACCAAGCUCCAAUGCGAGGAUCGGUCGUUCGACUUCGGGAAGGAUGCGCGGGAAUAAUUUUUGGCCCUCAAGGCUACAUUGUUAUCCGCAGAGGUUUUGCGCAUAUACGAUCCGCUAUUGCCAACACGUGUCACUACGGAUGUGUCCGGCUAUGGCAUUGGUGUC